AGCUGGCGACACGAGAGGUGUGAUAGUCUCACUUCUCACCUCAUUUUUUGAUCAAGAUGAAGCUGGUUCUUUGCAUCUUGCUGUUGGCAGGAAUUUCUGCUCUUGGAAAUGGUCAAUUCAAAUCUGGCUUUGAUCAACUAGUGCCGAAAUUUUCUGAUGCAGGAAAAUUACCCCAGCAUAUGGCAGGUGACCAUGAUGCAUACAAGCACCAGCAAACACAACAGCAAAAACAAUACGAAGACCGUAUUUCAUCACAACGUAAAAUGCUGGAUGAUCAUGAUCAGAACACUUUAUUCAAGAAUCCUGCCAAUCUGGCAAAGCAAAAGCUUGAUUAUCUUGAUAAGUUUUCAGAUCAUGUUGUAGGCAAUCUUCCAAGAGAUACUCUCAAGCAUUUGACUGGUGAUCAACUGAAACAUCAAGUUCCUCGUUUAAGGAACUUCAGCAACUUUGGAUUUGCAAACUUUGUGCAUAAUGUUGAUCGAACAGCGUUUGAGUCUGCAUUAGGAACUCUGAAGGCUAAUGCAGGCAGUUUUAGUAAAGGACAGGCAAGGGCAACUGUUCAGAAGCUUACUGAUAUACAAGGGAAAGUCAGCUCCUGGGACUCAUCUAGCUAUAAGAACCUUGGUGAUUUUCGGAAAGGAAUGACGUGCCAGCAGACUUCGUCAAUGAAGAGUGUAGCUUUUACCGAUGAUUCUAUUGCUAAAGGUUUUAGAGAUGAUGCUAAAUCAGACAAAUUGGAUAAGAGCCAGCGAAAAGGUGUUGUGGAAUCAAAAAAAAGAGAGAAGCCUCCUCAGAAUUGGAAUAAGGAUGAUGUGAAACAGCUUGGUCAUAUGAUGAGUGAUGUUGGUAAUCAUGACUUGAAAGAACUUCCAGAUAAAACAGUUGCUGAUUCUAUAGGUGACAUUGGCCAACAGAAGUGGAAUGAUGAUCAAGCUCGGACUCUUAUUUCAAAAUUCCAGAGUGGUCGAGGCAAGACGUUUAAAAACAUGACAUCUUCUGAUGUAGACGACAUGAAAUCAUUGAGAAACAAGUUUAGCACAGAGCAAAACAAACAGCUGCCAAAGGAUGCUUUUCAUUCUGUUGCAGAAUAUGUUGGCAAAAUGGGAAGUCCGAAACAGGGCACGACUCAAACCACGGCAGAGAGAUACUUUGGUGACAUGGUUGGCAAGAAAGAUGGACAUACAGACACAUCGAAACUCAAGAGUAUGCAUUUGAGUAAAACACCAAAACUGAUGGCCGGAUUGUCAGUGACGCAACUGAAAGCCAUUAGUGGAAGUGAGCUCCAGAAAAGCCUUCCUCAGACAUCUCAAUAUGUUGGCAAUUUGGAUAUUCACCAGGCAAAAGCAGUAGUAGACAAAGUUAAACAUGGCAUGGGUAGAAACAUGGGCAAUGAUUCUAAGAGUAUGGCCAAACACCUUCGUGGUCUGGGUAGCUACAUUGCAGGUAUGAAGUCAAGUGAUGUGGAUAUGUUUCCUGACGACAGCGUAAAGAGUGCAGUUGUUGAUAAUGAUGAGAGUGGCAUGUACUUGCAUAAAGGACUAAAAUACCAUGUGCACAAUGCGCUUCCCUCAAUGCAACGAAAACUGGCACAAAAGACUCAGAAGGGUGGUUCAAAAAAGCUAUCUGAGCUGGGCAGUGAUCUUGCACAGCACGUGUCUCUCAAGCAAAUGAAGCAACGAUUAGAUAAAGACACUGUUGAUGAUGAAAAUGUACAGGAAACGAAGUUUACAAAACAUCAGAAUUGUCAGUUGUUUGGUCGUUUGAAAAAGUCAGGCAAGCUUGGUGAGACGAACUCUGUCGAUGGCAACAAUCAAACAAAGUGGACUGGACGCACAAUAAGAGACAAAGUUGGUUGUCUUCUCACGGGAGCUUCACCGGAUGAUCUGAAAAUGUUGCCUGUUGACAGCAUUCCAGAUGCAGCAGAAACUGUAGGAAAAUGUAAUUACACUCGAAAGCAAGGGAAGACCAUGGUAGAUAGCUUCAGAAUGCAACUUCUUGCAAACUUCUCGGAAUUUGAUUCCAGUGAUGUUGCCAGCUUUGGUCCUAUGGUUGACCAGCUUUAUGGCAAAGAUUUGGAUGACCUGCGAAAAGGAGAAAAUGGUCGUAGCAACAUGAAACAAGUAGGUUGUCAACUGAGAGACAAGGACAUGAGCAAAACCAGCCAUUCAAAAAGGAAUGACCUUUACAAUCGUGUUCAUGAGGCCCUUACUAAAUCUGAUAGCAGACGACGCAGGGAUGCUGAUGAGCUGACCGCUGAUACUGUAGACAAACUUGGCAAUUUAAUGAGUGGAAUUGAUACAACGGAUAUUUCCAAACUUACGAAGAAUGCUUUGGAAACUAAAAUGCGAGACUUUUCUUGGCUUUUCAAUGGCACUCAAAGGAAAACUCUUGCUGACCAUGUUGUGAGACAGCUCGGCAAAGGCAGUGCUUCAAGGCUAACUGGGGCACACCUUUCUGAUAUGGGCCCAGCAAUACACAAUCUUACUCAUAAACAGCUUGGGCAACUCAAUCCGUCUGCUGUUGCCGAUUCGAUGGAUGACCUAAGAAAUCGUAACUGGGAUCGUAGUGAUGGAAAAAUUAUGCUUGAUCAUGCUGAGAAGGUUUUCAACAAAAGUGUUGAUAAAUGGAAUGGCAACCACUUCAGACGAGUCAAGAACAUGAACAUUGGCCAUAAGAAUGUCAUAUUUCGUAACAUGACACGUGAGACCUUGGAGGACAGUUUGAGUUCUUUCCCAAUUCACAGGAUGGACGAAGAUCAGAAGCAAGCUCUUAGAGAUGCAGCAAAGAUGAAACUUGGAGGUGAUUCUGAAGAUGGAAUAUCAGAAGAUCAUCUUGUGCUACUUGGAUCAGCAGCUAAUGGUGAUACAAAAUUCUUGGGUAUGAACAGCCACUUUGCAGACAGUGAAAGAAGCAUAGAUGUUCUUGGUCACAAUAGUGGAAAGGCUCUAGACAAAUCAACGGCAACUGCUGGUUUUAGUACGAUAAAGUCAAAGCGCAUGAUGAAGGGCAAGACUCCCAGUAACUAUGAUUCAACUGAUAUUUCUAACAUGGGAGAGUUUAUCACUGGUGCAUCCAAAUCAGAUAUCGAUUCCAUGAAUUCCAUGGAAGUUGCGCAAGCUCUGCCAAGGCUUGGGAAAAACCACUACCAGAACAUGGAUAAGACAGCCAAAGAUGCUCUGCGUCGAAAAGCCAGUAGGGGAAUGUCAGAUGAUGGCUCGACGGAGAAGCCGGCAUCGCAAUGGUCAGCUGCUGAAGCUGGUGAGCGUGGCACCCUUGUUGGACCUGAAGACACUCAACGUUAUAAGCCAGAGCAUAUGGAAGCACUGUCAGAUCACACUUACAUGAACAUGGAUAGUGACUCUUUGAAAGCUAUUCCUACUGACAGUCUCAAAGAAGUUAGCAACGACCAAGCUCGCAUUGUGCAAGAGCGGCCAGACUUUACUAGUUUGAGUCAGCCUCAGCAGGAUGCCAUCAACUCUGCGGCAAUGCAAGACAGCUUGUUUGCUCCGGAAGGUGAACAACAAGCAACACCAACAGAUAAGGCUCCAUCAGGCAGCUGCAGUCCCAAAGUUGGAAUUGCCGUCGUCUUCACUCUGAUAGUCACAGUUGCUGGACUGUUUUAAAUGUUAUGAACCCGUUUGAAACUAUUUUCAAACUUUUGAUUGCAAAGUAUUGUUGUAGUAGUGACUGUUGCUGGCAAUGCGCAUGCGUAUAAACUUAUAGAUCAGAUGUGAGGAAUGCUCAAUGUAAGAUCAGAGUGGUACAAAGCUACA